AUGGCUGCGGCAAUAAGCUCAAAUAAGCAGCAGCAUGGAGAAUUUCUGUAUGAGUUCUGGGAUAGGUUUAAGAAGCUAUGCAAGAAGAAUAGUAGUUUCCAAAAAUCUGAAGAUUCUGAAGACCUCGUAAGCUAUGUUUGGAAGCAUUGGAGACGUGGCGAACCUUUAGCUCUUCUGGAUUCAAGUAUUGGAGAUUCUUUUGCCAAAAAUGAAGUCAUUCAAUGUGUCCAAUUAGGCUUACUAUGUGUUGAAGAAUAUGUCAGUAAAAGGCCUACAAUGGUUUCCGUGGUCAAUAUGCUCAAUAGUAGCUCUGUUACCCUACCAACUCCACAUCGUCCAGCAGUUUUCCGGAGCCAUGGAUCGGAAAGCAUUGUGGAAGAGCUGGAAGUUGAGCAACCUAAUACCGAAAGAAUUUCAAUUCCAAGCUCUGUAAAUGAGGCAUCAAUUACUGAACCAUACCCCAGAUAG